AUGGCGGCGUUUGUUAGGUCGCUCUCUCUGCAAGGUCAGAGAUUGCGGGUGCUUUCUCGAGCGACCUCGCUGAGACCUCUGAUGGUACCUCUUCUGCCACAUAGGGUCCUGAUUUCCACGUCAAAAAAGAAUAAGGAUGUUGGAGCGGUAGUUGAGCCUAUGGAAAAAUCUGCAGAAUUAAAACGGUUGACGGAGCAUUUUGGUGAUAUCGACAAAAACAAAGAAGAGAACUGGACAUCAUAUGGAUAUGCACCUGGCGACCGUGACACAGAUUGGUUUCAGCAUCAUUUGAUGAUGUUUUUGGUAAUUACAGUAGCCUUCUGUGGAUGCCUUUUUGUUGGUGCAUACAUGCCUGACUACAUGUUGCAUGACUGGGCCCAAAGAGAGGCUUUUCUGGAACUUGAACGUAGAGAGAGACUAGGAUUACCUCUUGUUGACCCAGAGUAUGCCAAGAUUGAUCCGAGUGAUCUGCCAUCAGAUGAGGAGCUUGGGGAUGCAGAGAUCAUUAUAUAA